GCUGCCAUGGAUGUGACCAAUAAGGGACAAAAAAACAGCUUACUUCACAGCUCCAUGGUGAUCCAAGACUCCGGAAUGAGGAACGGCAGAGGUCUGCAGGACCAGUGGGCAGAUACUGUGGCUGUGAGACCAAGGACCACUGAGAGGCAGAUCACUGUUCACAGGAAGCUACUUCUGGGCUUUGCUUUGUCUAUCUUGGCUUUGAUCGUUGUGACUAUCGUUGCAGUGUUCCUUAGUGUUAGGUUUGAGGAAUGUACAGAUGGAUCCACUAGGACAAUUAACAACAGCAUCCUGGAAGCAGCCAGGUUUAACCAAAAUCUGGAGGUAGGUAAGGAUGCUGGGGAUGGGACCAAUCAUCUGCAGGAUAAGGACCAGGAAGAAGACUGGAAGCCAUGGACUUACCUGAGAUUACCAACACACUUAAGACCACUACACUAUAAUCUGAUGAUUUCUGCAUUUAUGGUAAACUUCACUUUUUCUGGAGAACUUAAUGUGGAGAUUGAAUGUCUGAACUCUAGCAGAUAUAUUGUGGUCCAUGCUCACAGAUUAAAUGUGGAGAUGGUCCAAGUAGCAGAGGACAAGGUGGCAGGGGAAGUCAAAGUUUCAAACUUCUUUGCUUAUCCAUCCAACCAGGUCUUAGUGGUUGUUCUAAACAGGACCCUGGAGGCACAGAAAAGUUAUAACCUGAAGAUCAUUUAUAAUGCUAUUAUAGAGAAUGAAUUGCUUGGCUUCUUCAGGAGUUCUUAUGUGAUACACGGAGAAAGAAGGUCACUCGGAGUUACUCAGUUCUCACCUAUUCAUGCCAGAAAAGCCUUUCCGUGUUUUGAUGAGCCUAUUUACAAGGCAACAUUCAAAAUAAGUAUCAGGCAUCAAACGUUGUACAUGUCACUGUCUAAUAUGCCAGUUGAGACAUCAGUUUUUGAAGAAGGUGGAUGGGUUACAGACCAUUUCUCACAGACUCCUUUAAUGUCAACAUAUUAUCUUGCAUGGGCAGUAUGCAACUUCACAUACCGCGAGGCUAUCACUCGGAGUGGUGUUGUAGUGAGAUUAUAUGCACGACCGGACGCAAUAAGAAGAGGAUCUGGGGACUAUGCCCUUAAUAUAACAAAAAGGCUUUUGGAAUUCUAUGAGGAUUACUUCAAGGUUCCCUAUUCUUUGCCAAAAUUAGAUUUGUUAGCUGUACCAAAACACCCUUAUGCUGCAAUGGAAAAUUGGGGAUUAAGUGUAUUUGUGGAGCAAAGAAUUCUUCUUGACCAAAGCAUUUCUUCAAUUUCAUACUUAUUGGAUGUCACCAUGGUCAUUGUACAUGAAAUCUGUCACCAGUGGUUUGGAGAUUUAGUAACCCCUGUAUGGUGGGAAGAUGUUUGGCUAAAGGAAGGCCUGGCUCAUUACUUUGAGUUUGUUGGAACAGACUACCUCUAUCCUGGAUGGAAUAUGGAAAAACAAAGGUUUUUGACAGAUGUGUUGCAUGAAGUGAUGCUACUAGAUGGAUUGGCCAGUUCACAUCCGGUUUCACAAGAAGUUCUAAAGGCUACUGAUAUUGAUCGAGUUUUUGAUUGGAUUGCAUAUAAGAAGGGAGCAGCUUUAAUUCGAAUGUUGGCUAAUUUUAUGGGCCAUAAAGUAUUUCAGAGAGGACUGCAAGAUUUUUUAACAACCCACAAAUAUGGUAAUGCUGCAAGGAAGGAUCUGUGGAAUACACUCUCAAAGGUAUUGAAAAAUGAAGGUAAAUCUGUCAACAUUCAAGAAGUGAUGGAUCAGUGGACAUUACAAAUGGGAUACCCUGUCAUAACUAUAAUAAGAAAUGAGACUGUGGAUGAUGGCAUAACAGUUACUCAGGAGCACUUCUUGUAUAAUAUAGAUGUCAAUAUCCAAGACCUCGAGCAAAGGAAUAAUAGUUACCUUUGGCAGAUUCCAUUAACUAUUGCAGUAGGAAAUAGUAGCCACCUCUCCCCCCAGACAAUCUUAUGGGUGUCUAACAAAUCAGAAUACCACCGUAUUCCCACAUUGGAUGAAAGCAACUGGGUCCUUGGGAACAUUGAUCAGAUUGGUUAUUUUAGGGUUAACUAUGAUGUCAAGAAUUGGAGAUUGCUGAUUGACCAGCUAAUGAGGAACUGUGAGGUCAUUUCUGUCAGUAAUCGUGCUGGACUGAUCGAUGAUGCUUUCAAUCUAGCAAGGGCUGGAUAUCUGACACAAAAUAUCCCUCUAGAGAUUAUAAGAUACCUUUCCGAAGAAAAGGAUUUUCUUCCCUGGCAUGCAGCAAGCCGAGCUCUUUAUCCUCUAGAUAAAUUGCUGGACCGAACCGAGGAAUACAGUAUAUUCAGUGAAUAUGUAUUGAAGCAAGUGGCAACAAUGUAUUUCCGGCUUGGAUGGCCUGUUAAUGGACACAAUGGAUCAAUAAUCCAGACGUCUUACCAGGCAGAGGAGCUCAGACGAGAAGUUAUAAUGUUGGCUUGCAGCUUUGGCAACAAACAGUGUCAUCAGGAAGCAGCAACGAUGAUCUCUGACUGGAUUUCAAGUAACAGAAAUCGCAUUCCACCAAAUGUCCGGGAUAUUGUGUAUUGCACAGGAGUUUCUUUAAUGGAUGAAGAUGUUUGGGAGUUUAUUUGGAUGAAAUUCCAUUCUACCACAGCAGUUUCUGAAAAGAAGAUAUUAUUGGAAGCACUUACCUGCAGUGAUAAUAGGAAUCUUCUGAACAGGCUUCUAAAUCUAUCCCUCAAUUCUGAAGUAGUACUCGAUCAAGAUGCCAUAGAUGUUAUAAUACAUGUAGCAAGAAAUCCACAUGGAAGAGACUUAGCCUGGAAAUUCUUUCGAGAUAAAUGGAAAAUUCUAAAUGCCAGAUAUGGAGAAGCCUUAUUUAUGAAUUCCAAGCUUAUUAGUGGAGUUACAGAAUUCCUCAAUACAGAAGAAGAACUAAAUGAGCUAAAGACUUUUAUACAACUUCAUAAAGUUGGAUCAGCAGUGGCUCCUCUGACUCGAGCACUAGAAACUGUAGAUGCAAAUGUACGAUGGCAAAUCCUCUACAGGGAAGAGCUGUUUCAGUGGUUAAGGAAAACAUUAAAACAAUAAACUUUAAAACCUCCAGGUACCCAUCAACAAUUUCAAAAGAAGAAUUAUUUCUUGGAAGAGACCAGAAUGCAUGCUGUAAUAUUUAUUGAAAACAGCAAAAUGGGGCACAAUGUGACCUACUAUAUUUUUGCACUUGGCUCUUUUUCAAACCAGAAGAAACUUUUUUCAAGAAAAUGACUAUUGGACUAUUAGUCAACAGCCUGGCUUCUUGGGAAAACAUUACAUACAUAUGCAUGUUGAUGUUACUGUUUUCACUGUUACUGUUUAUUUUGUGCAUGGUUGUGUAGUCUACCUGUGUGCUCCAGCAUGCUUACUUUUAUUGUCCAGGUUUUGUAUU